AUGGCCGAGGUGGAGAGCCAGUUCGGGGCCACGCAGAACGGGCACGAGGCGGCGGCGGGAGCUGAGGGCUCCGCUGGAGGAGGCGGCGGCGAGGAGCAGAAGCAGCCCCUGGCCCAGCAGCAGCCGGACCCGCAGCCCUUAGAGGAGGAGGAGGAGGAGGAAGAGGCCGAGGAGGAAGAGGACGAGGAGGUGGUGGCGGCGGCAGUGGUGUCCGACCCGGGCGAAGGCGAUGGCGAGGAGGCCGGGCAGUCUGCCGCCACAGCCGAGGCCGCCGGGAGCCAGAACGGGGCCGAAGGCGACCAGAUCAAUGCCAGCAAGAACGAGGAGGAUGCCGGGAAGAUGUUUGUUGGUGGCCUCAGUUGGGAUACAAGCAAAAAAGAUUUGAAAGAUUACUUCACAAAAUUUGGUGAAGUGACUGACUGCACAAUAAAGAUGGAUCCUAAUACAGGCAGAUCAAGAGGUUUUGGAUUCAUUCUCUUCAAAGAAGCAGCAAGUGUUGACAAAGUUUUGGAGCAGAAAGAACAUAAGUUAGAUGGACGUGUAAUUGAUCCUAAAAAGGCAAUGGCAAUGAAGAAGGAUCCUGUGAAAAAAAUAUUUGUUGGUGGACUUAACCCAGAAGCAGCAGAAGAGAAGAUCAGGGAAUAUUUUGGAGAAUUUGGAGAGAUUGAAGCAAUUGAACUUCCAAUGGAUCCAAAGACCAAUAAAAGAAGGGGUUUUGUGUUCAUCACAUUUAAAGAAGAAGACCCAGUGAAGAAAAUUUUGGAGAAAAAAUUCCACAAUGUUAGUGGUAGCAAGUGUGAGAUAAAGGUAGCACAGCCAAAAGAAGUAUAUCAGCAACAACAGUUUGGUUCUGGGGGUGGCCGAGGAAGAGGUGGAAGAAGAGCUCAAAGUCAAAAUUGGAAUCAAGGUUAUGACAAUUACUGGAACCAGGGUUAUGGGAGUCAAGGAUACGGCUAUCAGCAAGGUUAUGGUGGCUAUGGAGGCUAUGAUUAUUCAGGAUAUGGGUAUUUUGGAUAUGGACCGGGCAGUGAUUACAGUCAAGGUGGUUCAAAUUAUGGGAAGGCUCCAAGACGCGGUCAUCAGAAUAACUACAAGCCAUAUUGAUCAAAGGUAUUCAGGUAUGCAGUGGUGUGCUCUAAGGGAGGAAACCACUGCAUAGGUUUUGUACUCAAUGCUGUAGAUGGACAUUACAAUUAUGUACCAAAAUUAACUUUACAAUACAUUUCUAUGGCCUGUUAUGUGUAUCGGAAGAGCUCUCUGGAAAUGUCUUUGUUUAAUAUUUGCAGAUAAUAGAUGUCUAGAAAGUGUGGUGUGUAAAUUUCAGCCUUGCUGAAGAUUAAUGAUUUUAUUGAUAGGUUAAAUUGAAACUGAUUUUAAGAGUCUGCUUAAAGCUGCAGCUCUGCAUCUAGGGAUUGCCUCUUAGAGUGAAAUAUGAACUACGUUAUUCCAGUUGUACAGAAUAAGAUGCAUUUUAGGGAACCAGUGUCACUUUCCACCUUUUUAUUUUGUAUUGGUUUUGUGUCAUACAUUUCCUUUAAUGGAAGUGUUAAUUUUACUGUACUUUUUGGUACCUUUUUGGAAUCUAAUGUAUUGUAAGGUAUUUUACAUGUGUUCUGAUUCACCAUGACAUGGAUAUUGAUGCUAUUCUAGCUUUUGAAUAAAAAAGCAUAAUCCAG